AUGGACAGAAGGUCACUGGUGCGUGAGUUAGUGCGCGCACGAGUUGGUGAGCUUAUGGGCAUGACGAACAAGCUAGAUAAGAUCGGCACGAGUCUGGAGAAGAUACUACGAGCUCAGAUGGAGCUGUUGUCUUGUAUGAGGAAGAACAAGGAGAACAUCUACGCGUUGGCUUCGGAAAUGGGCGACAUUGGCGUGGACCACAGUAGAAACCUAUCGUUCGGAUGGCAGCCAACAAAGUGA